AUGGAGCGCCUCUGUGUGCGUGUUCAGCAGCAGGUGUGUGUUCUACGGGGGGCGGGGGAGGGGGAGGAGCUACAGGCUGCCCGGCAGGUACUGAAGGAGGCCCGGAACUCCCGCGCGCUGUACCCCUCUCUGUGUGAGCUGGCCCAUGUGCUGUCAGUAGACGGGCCGGUCCGGCAGAAGCUGGACUCGCUGGCGGGGGAACUGGCCAAAGCCGCGGAUAAAGAGCUGCAGGUGAUCGUGGACUCCAUGGUGUCUCUCUGUCGGGAGCUCUGUCCUCUCUCCUCCUCGGCGGCCGAGUGCCUGACCCCGCCCCUCUCCUCCGUCUCCGAGCGCGUCUCCAUCCCUCGCUCCACCAUCCGCUCCGCCCUGAUGGAGAGAGCAGCGCAGGACAUCCACCGAGCCCUGGAGGAGGUGAAGCUGUCAGUGGUCUCCUAUCUGACCAACUCCAUUGUGGAUCAGAUCCUGCAGGAGCUGUACAGCACUCACAAAGCCCUGACUCGACAGGUGUCUCAGGUGAAGCACUGGGACGAGGGCGGGACCGGGCGCAGACCUCACCGCCACGAGACUCCCUGGACAUCACCGACGAAGAGCUGGGGACCAGCAUUGACACUAUUGCUAUAAAGAAGAGAAGCUCCAGGACCAGACGAAUUCGCCCUGUGUCCACCAGACUGAGUCUGGGCGAUGACUCCAGUUCCUCCCCCCCUCCUCAAUGCCGCCUCACUGCACAGCCCUCUCUCGCUGUGCGUCGUGGGAGUGCCUGUCCGCCCUGCCUACCCAGGGUGCACCUCCUCUGCGUCAUGUGACC